AUGCUGGUUCCAGCAGCGAGAGCUCCAGCCAAUAAAGACUGGCACACCAGCAUUGGCAAAACACUGCCAGCGGCGGAGGUGGAGGGAGGCUGGGAGCAGGAAGCCUAUGAAUACAUCGCUAAAGCUCCCAUUACUUUUUCCCGGCCAUUAACAGCAAACCCUGUGAGGAUUGAGAUUUUAGUAGAGAUUUUGCAAUCAAGAGACCUGCCAACCACUUCAGGCAGUCGGAGGACACAAAAGAGGAAGAGAAGAGAAAAUGGAGAACUCGAUGGGAAGCCGGUUGAUGAUGAUGAAUCAUCAGCUGCAGUGACCCAUUUCGGUCAGAGGUGA